CUCUGAUUGAAAUUUUUUAUAUUGAUAUUGAAAUUUAUAUCUCUUAAUACAAAUAAAACAAGGUGAGAAUAGAGAGGUUUUUCGAUAAAAGGGUUUAUCCUGAGAACUUAAAUUGUAAUAAUAUUCGUAAUUUGGUGAUUCUUCAGCAUUUACUGGAAUCUUUCUACAUAUCGGCAAACUUUUUGAUUUCCUUUUUGACUUCUAUUUUCUAUAAACAACUGAGCGGGACUCACAGCACUAUGGCGUGUGCACAUGUGCACUCUCAUCCAAAUAUCCUUUGUGUGCAUAUUGUAUACAUAUAUUAAUCAAAAGCAUCGCUAUGAACAGACGAAAGUAGAGCAUGGAUUCGCAGGAGCUUGCGAAUAUUUCAAACGACAAAGAACAAAUCAGAUCACAUUGUAUUGUCAAGGAGCGUUAACUUGUCGCGAAACUGUAGCGGAUGUCUGCUGCCUACUGUACAGAGAAAAAAUAUAAGAAUAAAAAAUUUGUAUGAGUAGAGUAACAAAGUAAGCGCUAGCGUGCUGUAACAAAGAAAACAUUAAUGCAUUGAGAAUUGUUAAAAAAAAUAACAACAAUAACAAAUAAAUAAAAUAAACGUGCAGCGCUUGCGGCGUGAAUUUUGUGCGAAUUGUUUUAAAAAUAUUAAAAAAGGUUUUUCAUGUGGCGCAACCAACAGCAGAAAAUCUGAAAGCGGGGAAUUAGAGAGUAUCCAGUCUGAAAAAUCGAACAGAAUGGAUGAGGACCACGACGACGACAACAUAAUAUGAGAUCAGAUGGGGCUGUAAAGCCCCACCAUAAAGCUUUCGUCUCCACUGCUUACGGCAGUCGUAGUAAAGACGCUAAACUAUACAUACAAAACAAAUGUUAGCGAAUGAAUGUUAGGAAAAUACAACGUUCGUAUCAACCACUGUUAUCGCUUCAAAUAAACACUGUUGCUGCCGCCGUUUACACAACUGCCGCUUUUGCUGUUGCUGAUGCUUUCGUGAUCGUCGUCGUUGUUGCUGACGCAAAUGUUGUCGUUAUUGCUGAUUAUCGAACAGUCUAUGCUACACUGCGGCUCGGACCGGAUAGUAUUAGCAAAGGGAAUCGUAAGAGGCAUACUCAACACUAUAACAGCAACUACUUAAUAAUAAUAAUAAUAACAAAAACAAAAACGUACACAAAUAAAUACGAUGCACGUCAUUGUUAUGAGCCGCUAGGUGAUCAAAACAAUCGCAAUGCUAUUAUAAAACGCGACAAGAAAAACAUUCUAGAAAAAUAUAAAUGUGUAGUUUGUAAAAUUAACGAAAAUACAAUUAACUCUACGAAAGCUUUAACACUAAAUAACGAAAACACCGAUUUUAAGGAUUAUCGUCUAAGUGAAAUGUCCAGCAACGUACAUAAUAUGGAAAUGAUUUUGAAUAGUUCGCCAUCGGUAGAAAGUCACGACGCUGAGGUCGAUCGCGGCGUCUCCGUAACUGGCAAUUAUAAUAACAAUUUCACAAUUAAGUCCAAUACCAAAAGUGGUACAUUCUUAACAUUGCCAUUUCUAACGGUUUUCUGGCUAUCAAUUUGUGGUUUCGCCACUUCGUUAUUCAAUAUUCAAGCGUUCGCCGCGAAAAUGCUGCGCCUACAAGAAUCGCUAGUACUGUGUGGCAUUACAGGCAACAACCAACAUAAUGCGCAACUAAGCGGCGGCUCACCAUUAGUGCCAUCGCUGUUGUGGCAGCAAUUGCCCGCGCGUAAGCCGUUGCCGUCCCGACAACCCAAAAUACCCACGGCCGCAGCAGUCUCAACGCUAGUUGGCAGUAGCUUGUGCGCCAGUUCGUCCACGUCAAUGAUUUCUCGACCGCAACCACGUCUCUCUUUCACCAUUUCGUAUGUGCUCUAUGUCAUGUUCAUCCUUUUCCUGUUGCCCACAGUGCACAGCGAUGAUGGUGACAAUUUCUUCUUAGUCAACACUUUUAGCAUGAGCCCGGAAACUACCACACCACAAUUCGACUAUGCCAGCCGAGGACAAAAGAAGUUCGGCGAUAAGUGUGAGAACACAUUGGAGUGCGGCUUUCCAGGCUCCAUUUGUGAUGCAAAGAAGAAGUCAUGUCAAUGUACCGAGGAUUUGCCAGUGACCAAUCAUAUUGAUAAAUGUGGAAAAGAGGCUGCUGUGAAUGAGUCUUGUUUCUUUAACGAACAAUGCGAGGUAAAACAUUACCAAACCGAAUGCCGUGAUGGACGAUGCACUUGCCGUUAUGAAAUGAUGCCAUUUUGGGGCAAAGAUGGGACAGUCGAAUGCAAGGGCCGUGGCGAUAAGCGUGGACCGGAGACUUAUAUCGAUCCGGCUAUGAUUGGCGUACUGGUAGGAAUGGCAUUGAUGUUUAUUAUAAUUUGUGUCGUCCUUCGAUUAUUUAGCCAGGCACGUUGGCGUGAGAACCGGACAAUUUUCAACACACCGAAUCCACGUCUCAUGAACGUAUCGCUUUUGCGUGAUAGCAAACUCUUGCACGGCCAGGAGCGACGCGGCUCGCGUAUGUCGGUGCGAGCACCGUCGCGCCAGCCGAGCAUGGCUUCGCUACGUCCGCAUUCGCCGAAUCCGUCGUUAGGUAAGACAGAUCACAAAGCAGGGCGUAUGACACGUUCCAAGAGCAACACUCGAUCAAGUGACUCCCGUGUUAGCGACGUAUCGAAUUGCUCGCGUCUACUCGAGCAUCCCCACACGACCAUGCACGCACCGCACACAUACGCGCCGUACACGCCGACCACACACACAACGUACCAACACCAUCACCACCACCAGCCACCAUCACCACAAUCCCAACCGUCAGAACCGCCACAGUCCAACGCAACUGCCACAGCCAAUGCGAAUUCGGAUAUCGACAUCGAGACGGCUAUGUGCUUGACCACGCCGCCAGCCGUUGCCAUCAAGGCGAACAAAUUCUGAAUGAACCGUUCCAAAUUGCCUACACUAAGCGUUAAGAUGGCUAAAUAAGCGCGAGUAUGUGAGUCGGAGGCGCAGGCAUUAGCUGUUCUUGCGUUCAUUUCGGCAAACACACACACGUGGUCACAUUCGGGCAGCGCCAGCGCGAGCAACGCAUCAGCCACGUCUAUACGUUCGACGCGUAGUAAUUCCGUGGCUCCAGGCAAUGUAGCUAAUGUCGGUCAACUGGAGAGGAAGGGCUCGCAGUAUCACAAUCAGCAUCAGCAUCCACAUCAGCAUCAUCAACAUCAACAACAACAACAACAAAUGCCGCUUAUCACUAACAUAACUGCUAAUCCAGCAGCUGAAAGUGUGGCGGUCGAGAUUAUAGUCCCGGAAAAGUGAUUGAAGGAAGUAGAUUCAGGCUGAAACAAGAAGUGAAACAUAAGAAAUAUAUGACAAAUUAAAAAUAUAUGCUAAAACAAAAGAAAAUAAAAAUCUAUGCGUAAAUAUACACAUGUGUGUAUGAAAAAAGUUAAAGAAGACAAAUCAAAAGAUAUACUUGUAAGUCGAAACUGCAAGAAUGUUAAAACAAAAAAAAAAAAACAAUUAAAAAUAUUAUGUGCAUAUAUGUAUAAAAUUAAUACGAGAGUGAUGGCUAUAGCUAAGCACAAGUAGUUAAAAAAGCAAAUGAGUGAAUAGCACACAAACACUUCAAGAAAGAAAAAAAUUAAUAAAAAAAGAAAAAAAAUAUUAAAAAAAAGAAAUAUUUAAGAUACUUAUUUAUUUUAACAGCAAAUAAUGUCAUACAAAACUGAAACGCAAAUACACAGAAAAAUGCUUUGUUAAAAACGAUAAAAAAACUUGCAUAACAAAUUCAUAUUUUUAUUUCUUCUUCUUCAAAAAAAAACAAAAAAAAAAUUAAAGAACGAUAAAAAUAAACGCGAAUACUUGCAGCUUUUAACACCAAACCUAUAAUAUAUAUAAUAUAUAUAUAUAUAUAUAAUAUAUUCAAAAUAAUUUAUGUAGCAUAUAAUCGUUAUACAUAUGUAUGCACAUCUAAAACACAAAACCAAAGAAAUACACCGUAAAUGUAAGAAAAAUAUUUAAAAUGAUUUAAAUUAAAUUAAAAAAUAGUAAAAAAAACCGCGAGCAAUUUUAAAACGCAGAAAAUUAAUAAAAUUUAACGAAGUGUUAGCUUUAAAUUCGAGCAAAAAAUUAACAAGAAACAACUUAAACUUAAAAAAAUAUUUAUAAUUAAAUUACUUAACUAUAAUUUCGUAAAAUUCGCAUGAAAAAUAUAAUGAAACUUUCGCUGACAUUCAUCUUCCUAUCCUAGUGAUAUUACAAAUGUAAGCAAACACACACACACAAACACAUGCAACAACAUUUUUACACAAUCUUGCAGAGCUAUCGUACACGCCAAAUUUUUCUAUAUAAAUAAAUAAAUAUAAAAAAAAAACAUUUUUUUAAAAUAUAUUUACCAUUGCAUGUAUGUACCUUAAAAACCGGCGGUAAGCACAAUAUAACAAUAACCAUGGUAGUUACAGAAUAAACUAAAAAUAACGGUUACAAAAACAAACAAAUAGAAUAACGAAUAGUAGAAGGAAAUAUAAAUAUAGAAAACCUACACACUUAACUGCAAAUAGUACGAAACUUUGAAUACAUACCUAGCCAAUUUUUCGGAAUAAUAUUUUACAAAACCAACAAAAAAAAGUUAAAAAAAAUAUAGAAACAACUACGCAUACAUAUAUACGCUAUUUAUUUUUAAACAUACAUACGUCUUUUGCGCAAAUAGAUUUAUUUUUAAAAUCAAUUUAAAUGUACUUAUAAAUAAAGAUUAUAACAAUAAAGUAAAACAAAAAAAAAACAAUACUACGCAAGCGCCAUUUGUGCACCUUAAACAUUUUUACUCUUCAAAAACCGCGUACAACACUUUUAAACAUUUAGGGACUUUUCAUACAUACAUACACAUACAUAUAAAAUGGUAUUCAAAAUUCUAAUAUUCCGGUAGCGAAUAAGGCGCAUAUUAAACAUUUCAUAUUUAAACAAAAUAUUUUCAAAUAGAUUGAACUAGUAGCGUAGCAUUGAAAUUAGCAUAAAUAAAUAUAUUUAAAAACCCAAAAUGCGCCUUGUGAUUUGUAGCGUGUUUAGGCGGAAAAAAAUUAAUAAUCAUAAGAACCUUCGUAACAAGGCGGAAUUUUAGCAAAUUAUUCGUCAACGUCAACGUUUUGAGGUUAUGCUAACACCAACUACGCUCUGCUUGAAUUUUUUUCUUAUUUUUAUGCAUAUAUAUAUAACAUUUCACAUAAAAAUAAAUAAUAAUAAUAAAGCACAAACUGUUCAUAUUUGCAAUUUAAUGUCUUAGUUUAAUUUUUUUUUAUUAAAGACAAAAAUUUUAAAACAAAAUAUAAUUGCAAUUCUUUAACUGACGAGUGAAAAAUUGGGGAAGAUUUUUUACUCGCAUGUUAAGGUACGAUUUUUUCAGUUAAAAAAAAUGACAACACUUCUUGCUCAAUUUACUAUUACUACAUUCGGCAAAGGAAAUUUUAUAGAAAACUUCAAAUUAUAAUUUAAUUAUUAAUAUAUUUUACAAAGCGCCUUUUUUUCAAUUUCAUUUCAAUAUCGCUUUAUCUUUUACCCGAAUGCAUAAUAUGCUUAUCUCUGUACAUUUUAGAACAUGCAAACAUAUGUCAAUACAUGUCUAUAUGUAUAUUUGCGAUGCCUUUACAUGUAACUAUUAAUCGAACUCGAAAACGUCUAUAUACAUAUAUAAUAUUAAGUCAUAGAAGUUCACAUUUAUUAUCUGUAAAAUUACGAGUAAUAUUAGGAAAAAAAUUGUAAAUACGCAACGAAGUCUCAAUGAAAACUACAUUCUUGCGUUUAAUAAGCGUAAUGAGUGGGCAAAAACAAUUCCGAUUUUAAAAUUUGGGGAAGAAUUUUAAAAUUGCUUUGUUUUUGGUAGAAACGCCAACACAUGCAUAUACAUGAACUCGUAAAUGUACUAUAAAUAUCAUGUACAAAAAGUCUACUAAAACGAAAGCAAAAAAAAUAAAAAAAACAAUUAAAAAAGCAUAAGAACAACUCUCACAAAUGCGAUUGCCUAGACGUUUUUAAAGUAGUUCAGAAAUCGAUAGUUUUUAAUGCAAAUAUCAAUGGACAAAAACAAAAGAAUAAUAAAAAAAUACACACACCACAAAAAUAUUAUGUUAUAAAAUAACACACGAUCUCUUUCUCUAAGCAAAUCAAGCUUAUAUAUAUGUAUAUGUUACAAAGAAUUUACAUAAAAACGUGAUGGAAAGUAAAUAGAAAUUAAAUUAACACAUACACACAUUGCUAAUUUCGUACAUUUACUUAUAUAUCACUUGUGAAAAAUGCUUUAUUUACUUUAUAGCAAGUACCUAUAUAGUGAUUUACUAUAAAUUUGAUAUAUAACUGUAAACAUCUACACUUUGUAUAACAAAAGAGAAAAAGAAAAACGAAAAACUUAAUCUAUCCAUUUUUAAUCUUUAUACGAAAGCGUCUAGAAAUAAACGAUUGAUACGAAAGUUUUCCAAUACUAACAAUAUAACCAAAAAAAUAAUAAUAAUUAGAUAACAUAUUAUCGUUUAGAAAGAAUUUAUUUACGAUUCCUUACACAUCCCAAACAUAUUUAUGUACGCUAUAUAAGUUCUAACCACUCUUGUGGCGCCUUGCAGAAAGUGAACGAAAAUAUUUACAUACACACGUACAUACCAUAUACAUAUAUAAACAUUUAUAUAAACUUAUUAACAACAAAAAUAUUUACACUACAUGCAUAGAAAAUAUACUUAUAUGCUUAAUAUUAUAUAUUGCAUUCAGUAAUGCUUACACGCGUAUUACACACAACAUACUCGUACAUGAAAAUGCAUGCAAAAUAUGCCGGACAUUUCACAGAAAUGUAUUUCUACAUACAAUUUUGCAUACACCAACAAAUGUGUAUUUAUAUAUGACAACCAAAUGCCGUAUCACAAUCUUUAACAAUGCAUUACAAUCAAUUUAGUUUAAAAAUAUUUUAUGUAAUAAAACACUUUGUUAUUGUUCUGUUGAACAUGAACGUAACAUAACACAGAAGAUAUAUAAAUAUCAUAUGAACUCAUAUAUUUCAUACAUACACACUAACAAAUUGUUAUUAUUAACAAACAAAAACCACACAAUAUAUUUAAACAAUUUCUUUAACUGCAAAAAAAAACUGUUAUUUUAUUUAAACAUGAAUAUACCAAAAGUUUUAAACUCAAUAUCAAGUUUAGUAUAUUAUUUAUUUAGUUUCCAAACUAGCUAUUUAACGAUUUUCAUAAACAAAGUACACAGUACACCAAAUGAACUCACUACAUAAUGCUAUAAAAAGCUACAUUUAUACAUAUAUAAGUUAUGACACAGUCACGUUUAAACAAUAAAAAAAAGUUUAGGAAAUCGGUCACUUUCUGAAAAAGCAUACUAUUCUAGCAGCAUCAAAACCAAGAAUGAGAUAAACAAAUAGUUUGAAUCUUAAACACA